GACAAUUAGACCAGAGCAGGUCUCGUACGAUUUUCUUCCCCGUCGCUUCGUGGGUCGUGGGUCUCGUGGCUCGUCUUCCUCCUCGCGCGAGCGCCGCCACACCUCCCUCCCCAUCCCGCUGCCGAGCGCCCCAGCCCCCUAGCUCGUAUUCCUCCUCGCGCGGCGCCUCCACCGCAGUUACCGGAAGAGUUGGGAAUGGAGGGUGCUGCGACUGAGAACCCAACGGUGCCCAUGGUGGUGCCAGAAGCAGCUGUUGACACGGCCCAGCAUGUCGAAGGCUCGACAGUGCCUAUGGUGGUUCCAGAGGAGGCUGUUGACCAACUUGUUGAGGGCAUGCCAGAGCCUGUUGAUGCAGACCAGCAUGUUGAGGGCGUGGCAGCAUCCAUGGUGGUGCUUGAAGCAGCUGCUGAUGUGGACCAUCAUAUUGACAAUGCGACUACGCAAGACACGAAGCACGGGGAUACCGAUGGAAUUAUCAAUGUUACUCCUGAGGAAAUGAGAAGCAUCAUCGAAGUUAUAGCGGAGACGGGAAAGUUCUGGCACGAUUGGAGUUUUCUCAAGAGAUUGCUAUCUCUCCAAUUGAUGCAGGUCUUGGGUGAAUAUUCUGACGCUCAAAUGGUGAUCCGAGAGGAUGGACAGCAACAAAAUUCAUUAUCUGGAGAGACAUACUCAGAGUUGUUCACCCAGCUCAAUGAUGCCCUCUUGAGGUUUGAUGAGGGUCCUCCAUUUACACUGCAAAGGCUUUGUGAGAUUUUGUUGGAUCCAAAAGGAACAUAUACAAAAUUGUCAAAGCUUGCCUUGGCCUUGGAGAAGAACCUCCUAGUAACGUCUACUAUAACUAAGUGCACCGACCCAUACAGCGCUCAUGGGCCAAAUUCAGAAGGAACAGCGAUCAUGGAAAACACAUGUUCCAUUGAUGUAAAACCUGAAAUGCUGCCGGAGCAUCCUGCAGCUGUGCCAAAUGGAACACAGCAUGUAGGAGGUGAUGGUGAUGAAGAGAUGGCUGACGCAGAAGCCGAGGUGGCGCCUGGUAGCCAUGAUGUCGAGAUGCAGGAGGAGAAGCUUGAUCAGAUUGAGAUUGCAGAUGUUAACUCCGAUACUAACUCAGGUGAUGUUGCUCGUGAAACAGUUGAUGCCAGUGAAAGAUUGCCCGAUCCACAAAGCUGAGCUUGCUCUCCGCGAAGGCCAGAAGCUCUAGAGCAGUUCUCUUUAGCAAUCCAGCUAUUGCUACCAAUCUCUCGUGAUUGGCUGACUGUGCUAUGUGUUCUCUCUUGAUUCACAUGUGCACAACAAUAUGAUUAGCUGAUUGUGCAUGGGGUUUCGAGUUGUGGUGGGCCGUCGAUGAACAAGGAGAUCAAUCAUGAGUUAAAAAUUCCAUAAAGGACGAUUGUACCCAAAAUGGCCAUGGCCCAUUUUUCUUGGUUACAUCACAAAAUCUGGGCACUCGUUCACUCCGUACUUUCAGUUGUUAUGUGGGCCAGUCAGCUGAAUAUUUUGGCUGUCAUUGUUGCAACUAGCAACGUCCUGAUCCAAAGGAUUUUGUGUCA